AUGGGUUCGUGGACUAGAAUGUGGCCCACAGAUUGGGCUGUUCUCAUGAAAUCAUGGCUUAUCUUUUCCCUGGGGUUCUACAUGCAGGUCUCCAAAACUUUGGCCUGCCCAAAAGUGUGCCGCUGUGACCGAAACUUUGUCUACUGUAAUGAGCGAAGCUUGACCUCAGUGCCUCUUGGGAUACCGGAGGGUGUAACCGUCCUCUACCUCCAUAAUAACCAAAUUAAUAAUGCUGGAUUUCCUGCAGAGUUGCACAAUGUCCAGUCUGUGCACACAGUCUACCUGUAUGGCAACCAAUUAGAUGAAUUCCCCAUGAACCUGCCCAAGAACGUCAGGGUUCUCCACCUGCAGGAAAACAACAUUCAGACCAUUUCUCGGGCUGCCCUUGCUCAGCUUUUGAAGCUGGAAGAGCUGCACCUGGAUGACAACUCCAUCUCCACUGUUGGUGUUGAGGAUGGGGCAUUCCGGGAAGCCAUCAGCCUCAAGCUUCUAUUCUUGUCCAAGAAUCACUUGAGCAGUGUACCGGUAGGCCUUCCAGUGGACUUACAAGAACUUCGAGUAGACGAAAACCGAAUUGCUGUCAUUUCAGACCUGGCCUUCCAGAAUCUUACAAGUCUGGAGCGUCUGAUUGUGGAUGGCAAUCUCCUUACUAAUAAAGGCAUAGCUGAAGGCACCUUCAGCCACCUCUCCAAGCUCAAGGAAUUCUCAAUAGUUCGGAAUUCACUGACCUACCCUCCUCCCGAUCUUCCAGGUACACACCUGCUAAGGCUCUACUUGCAGGACAACCAGAUAACCCAUAUACCACUUACAGCCUUUUCAAACCUCCACAAACUGGAACGUCUUGAUAUUUCCAACAAUCAACUUCGGAUGUUGGUAAAGGGGGUAUUUGAUAAUCUCCACAACCUGAGGCAACUCACUGUAAGGAAUAAUCCCUGGUUGUGUGACUGCAGUAUUAAGUGGGUCACUGAAUGGCUCAAAUUUAUUCCCACUUCCAUCAAUGUACGGGGUUUUAUGUGCCAGGGACCAGAGCAGGUCCGAGGUAUGGCAGUCAGGGAGCUCAAUAUGAAUAUGUUGUCAUGCCCCACCACCACCCCUGGUCUGCCACUUAUCAUCACCCCAGUCCCAGCUACAGCCAUGCCAACUACAUUAGUUCCCACCUCAUCAGUUCCUCCCCCAAGUAGCAAAUAUAAUCCUCUCACUCCCACCAUAGCCACGCUCCCCACUGUGCCUGACAGGAAGGACAGAGAAAGGGUGACACCUCCUAUAUCUGAACGGAUUCAACUCUCCAUCCAUUUUGUGAAUGACACUUGCAUCCAAGUUAAUUGGAUGUCUCUUUUUACUGUGAUGGCAUACAAACUCACAUGGGUUAAAAUGGGCCAUAGCCUGGUAGGAGGAAUUGUUCAGGAACGAAUAGUUAGUGGUGAGAAGCAACACUUAAGCCUAGUAAAUCUGGAGCCCAAAUCCACCUAUCGGAUUUGUUUGGUUCCGCUGGAUACUUAUAACAACUACCGAACUGGAGAAGACACUGUCUGUUCAGAAGCCACAACCAAGGCUUCCUUUUUGAGCAAUGGCAGCAACAUCCCCUCCAGCCAUGAGCAGACGACUUCUCAGAACCUGGGCUCCCCAUUUCUGCUGGCAGGGUUGAUUGGGGGUGCAGUGAUAUUUGUCCUCGUGGUCCUGCUCAGCAUUUUUUGCUGGCACAUGCACAAAAAAGGGCGUUACACCUCCCAGAAGUGGAAAUAUAACCGGGGCCGUCGGAAAGAUGACUACUGCGAGGCAGGGACCAAGAAGGACAACUCCAUCCUGGAGAUGACGGAAACCAGCUUCCAGAUUGUCUCCUUAAAUAAUGAUCAACUCCUUAAAGGAGAUUUCAGACUGCAGCCCAUUUAUACCCCAAAUGGGGGCAUUAACUACACAGACUGCCACAUCCCCAACAACAUGCGAUACUGCAACAGCAAUGUCUCAGACCUGGAGCACUGUCAUACGUGA